CGCCACUAUCCCACAAUGCAACAGCGGGGCGCCGGCCAGAGCUGCCCUACUCGACUACUCCCCCGCCUGCCUCGUGUGACACGGGAACGAAAACAAGGCGGGGGAAGGAGGGAGGGCGGGGACGGAGUCCGGGGCAGCCAAUCAGAUCGAGACGGAGGAGUCAGCUCCUGUUACUCUCGGAGCGCGGGAUGGGGCGAAGGCUACAGCGCGGGGGGCGUGGCCUGUGUCGGGGAGCUGGCCAAUGAGCGGGGAGGGGGGCGUGUCCCCCCGGGGCAGAGAGGCCGCUGCAGCUCUCCUGACGGGAGGGGGCGAGCGGAGCUGGGCUUGCCGCACCUUUUCAAUUUGGCGAUGUCGUCUUCUCCUGAAAUCGCUUCCCUUUCAUGGGGUCAGAUGAUGGUGAAAGGUUGUUCUACAACUUAUAAGGACUGCAAAGUGUGGCCAGGAGGGAGCCGAACCUGGGAUUGGAGAGAAACAGGGACAAAUCAUUCUCCAGGUGUGCAGCCAGCUGAUCUUGAAGAAGUUGUCAAGAAGGGAGUUAAAACUUUAGUGAUUGGUCGUGGCAUGAGCGAGGCCUUGCAGGUACCAGCAUCUACCGUGGACUAUCUCAAGAAAAAUGGGAUUGAUGUGCUAGUCCUGCAAACUGAGAAGGCUGUGAAGGAGUACAAUGCACUGGUUGCUCAAGGAGUCAAAGUGGGAGGUGUCUUCCAUUCAACAUGCUAAUGAAUUAAACAAUACAGCCCUCUUCCUCCGUAGCCAAAACGUCUUGUGCCUUUUGACUGAAUAAAUGAUAGUAGUCAGUAUUGGGGCUUUAUAGUUCAUAUUUCCCACUGUACCAAAGCCUGGCUGUGAGAUGAAGACCUAAAACAGAGGAGAAAUACAGCAGUAUGGAAUUUAAAUUAAUCUAAUUGCUCACAAAUGUUCUUCCACGGUGCUGGAUAUGGUAGACUAUUUAAUCAUGAUUCCCUACACUUGUGAUUUUUGACCUAAUCCUCUAGGCCUGAAGGCAUAAUUCAUCUUCUGACCAUUAACGUUUGGCCUAGCUGCUGAAGUAAAAUAUUCACUUUUAAAACCUGUUAGGAAAUGAUCUGAGACUUCACUUCUUUUCAGAUUUGCAAUAGCUGUUGGAUGAUCACAUUUGGUCACUACCAUCAUGUGUGUAAAAUGGUGUAUAAAAAUGGUGAAAAGCUCUGCCUCCCAUUGCCAAUCCCUUGAGCUGUCCAAACUCUUAGUGCACGCAGAGUGAAAUGAUGGUGGAUUGGCUUCUUUGGGAUGAAUACUCUUUCCAUGACUUAUGAUUUGUAAAUUUUACAUUACAUGAAAACAAGUCACUGGGAGCUAAAGAAAAGAUAUCGCUAUAGAGGUUAUGUAGUAGUACACCUCAAUAAGGAACACAAUCUAACAUAUGGUAUCAGCAGUGGGAUUACUUCAAACCCUGGUUUUAUAGUUAAUGAAAGUGAAAGCUAGUAUGCAGCAUAUUAGACUGGCCGAUCAUUGCUAACUAGCUGGGGAAUGGUGGUUGGAAUUUUUAGACCAGGUGCUGACGAUCAGUUGAACGUUAAACACAUGUAGAUGUUUAAUAAAAGCUGCAGCUUUUAAACCUAA